UUCGAGCUUUUACAUAAAAGUUUUCUAUAUUUCUCAGCAGCAUUGAUUUUCUUUGAUGUGUCUCUAGCGCCUUGACCUCUUUGAUCAUCUUUUAUGACUUCUACAGCUUUUAUCAAAGAUUUGACCGCGUUGCAAGUUCGGAUGCCUUCCUUCCCCGACCGUGUGUCCUGGGACUCCUUCAGGACAAAGUCUUUGAUCAUAGAGUACCAAAAGUAUGAUCAUCUGUACGAUACACAGCACGAACUGUACAGAAACAAGAAAACUCGUGAAGAAACGUUGGGAUUAAUCGCUGAUGCCUUAAAUGUCGCUUGGAAAGGUACAGGCAUCACUUGUAUCGUCGACGACAUCAAAAAGAAGUUGAAUGGACUACGGAGUCAGUAUUUAUUUGAAAGACAAAAGAUUGCAAAAGCAGCUUUACAGGGGCAAGUUUAUACUCCGACGAUUUAUUGGUAUCCAAUGUUGAAGUUUCUGGAGUCUGUGACGUUGAAAACUACUGCACAACAUGGAACAACUGAAGAUAAUCAUUGGGGGAGAGGAAACAGGAGAUAUGUAUCUGCAUUCAUUCCACAAUCACAAGAAAUCAACGAUGAUAUUGAAAUUGUUGAGCAUGGAAUUGUAAAUCUUGGCAAUGAUGACCAUGAUGACAAUGAUGAAGAUAUCAAACAUUUCAAUCAAGAACCGUCCCCAUCAACAUCAUCAAGCACAACUCGUGAGAGUUACGUGGAUGUUCAGAGUUUCCUCUGUGAAAAAUCAACUACGCAUGCGCAGAAACGUAAACUCGACUGUGAAAAUGCCGAUCCGCAUGAAUGCACCACAACAAAACGCAAAACCGAAGAGAAACCUGAACAACUAACCAAAUCUGAGCUCACAGAUCAUCUAGAGACAUUCGGAAAGUUUGUUGCUAAUGAAUUACGAGGCAUUUUCCUAUCUAGCAAUGAUAUUUUCCUGCGGAGGACAAAACGACAACUACAACAGGUUUUAAUCGAUGCGUGGACACAAAUCGACAUGGAUGUGUCGAGAUAUCCUGGUUCCACACAAUCAUAAACGCUUAAAACUUAUAGUUAAUAUACGUAAUAUUUAUAGGUUAUAAAAAUGAACAAAAUAAGCGCAGAAAUGUUACGCAACCCACAAAACACGCAAAGCAAUAUUACACCGUAGAUAAACUGUAAAAUAUGAUUAAAUUUAAGAUAUUUAAAUAGUAUUAUAAGUAAAGAAGCUUCCAGGUUAACAAAUACAUGUUAAAACCUUA